AUGACCGAGGGUCAACCAGUUUGUCAAUCCUGUCCAAUCGAUCGUUUAACAGUGGUCUAUCAUGAUGUCACGUUUUUGUCUUGAAAUGUAGGCGAAUUUUUCCGGAUGUUUUCCGUACCAGGUACCGAAAGUUUCGUGUGUGAAGUCGCAAUAUUUGAUCCACUUGAUCCACAGUAACUUAAGCUUAUACUUAUUAAGAGACCAGAGAAAGAAUAUUAAUAUCAUAAUCGAGGUAAGAUUCUGAUUAGACGUUCUUCAAUCCUGCCCUUUAAAGUGAAGAGGUCAGCUUCAGCUAAAGGUUGUUUCAAUUUAAUAAGAUAGUGAUCAUGUGGAUUUAGAUACCAUGUGGCUUUGCAUUGGAGUGGAUGUCGGAGGAACUAAUACUGAUGCUGUGAUACUGAGAAAGAAGGAAGUAUUAUGCUCUGCAAAAGUACCAACAACUGCAGAUGUAACAUCAGGGGUCACCAGUGCCAUCCGAUCAGCAUUAAGGGAACUUCCAAAUGAAUAUCAACCAAAUCCUGCUCAGUACGUUAUUAGAGUUAACAUUGGUACAACCCAUUUUGUGAAUGCAGUUGUCCAAAGAACAAAACUGACUAAGGUUGCUGUACUGAGGCUGUGUGGACCAGCAACUCAAAGUGUACCACCUUUGUGUGAUUUUCCUACUGAUUUAAAGAAUGUAAUUACUGGGAAGUAUUUUUUCCUCAAUGGUGGUUACCAGUACAACUGCUCCUGCAUAACUGAUGUUGAUAAGGAAGAAGUUCGUAGGAUUGCAAAAGAAGUUCAUGAUGAAGGUUAGCUAAUGCUCUUUACAAAUAGGGCUAUUUUUAGUCACAAGACACAAGUAGCUCAUAAAGUUGUAUGUUUUCUGUCAUUGAUGUCAAUCAUAAUUAUGUCAUUAUUACUUUCAUGCCAUAUAUGGCAUUGUCAUGGUUAGUUUACAUACAUGUGCAGUCAACUUUCUCACAGUGACAACAGGAGGGCAUUUUGCAUGCGCGUGCGUGCAUCCGCUGAACGACAAUAGCGUGGGCACAUCAAAUCUGAUGGCGGGAAAUCAAAAACUCGCGUAUAGGUACAGUCCUUUUAAAAGCCAUUUCGUUGGUGCUUUGAAUACCGUACUUUCCUGCAAAAAUAUUCUCCAUGACAAAAAUCGGAUGUUUUCUAUGCGGGUUUUCACGAGUAGAUUUUUCAGCAGUAGGUGUUCUUGGCCUUUUAAUGACUUUCAAGACUCAAUGCCAAAAAGUCAUGUUCCUGUAUAAGUCUGAUUUUCACUGGCUAAGCAAUGCAUUUCUAUGGUUUGAUUUCCAAACUUGUGGUUUCACUUAGCAAGGAGGAAAUGCAUCGUAGCAAUGUUCAGCUGCCUUAAGACUGAAAGCAAAAAAAAAUUUAUCACGUGAGGUUUGUUUAUUAGCGCGUUGUCUCAUGUUAAACUGAUCGCGGAGACACGCAUUUAUACAUGCCACAAAAACAUGAAAUCUAUGGGUUUUUUACAGUUUUUCGAAAGUUUUCAUGGAAAAUUUUAUAAAAACAGGGUUGUCACUAAGGGCCGGGGGCCGGGGACUUCCCCCGGCUACUCAGAGCAUGGUCCCCGGCUACUUUCGUCGUUAAAUUAAACCAAAGGAGCACACCUUUGACACACAAAGACUAUCCAUCCAACUUUUAAUGCAAGUUUCAUCUGUAGCAGGUUUAAGUAAUUUUGAAAUACUCGCGUGCAAAAACUAAGAAAUGUCGGAAAAAGACAUCUGACUUAGAUUUGGUACUAGUACACACGCGCGAAAACUUUCCGUUCGCGAAAUGUCAGUAGGGAGUUUUAGCAACGACAACGGCGAUGGCAACGAGAACGUCAGAAAAGCAAUAGGUUUAUUGAGCAGAACAACUAGUUUGCGCUAACGUGAUCACUCUUUUUUGUCCAUUUCUUUGCCGUUACUGCACGACUGCGACGUGAAAAUGCCUAGUUUCACGUUUUAAGGAGGACGUAAACAAGCGACGACAAACUUUUCUUUCUCUUUCUAAACUUGAGCGCGGUUCCAAAGAAAUCAACUCCAGGGAAAUUGGCCUACAUUAGCUAUUUUCAGCGACGGAAUUGAAAUAAACGUGCAAGGUUGGAAAAAACGCCAAUUCAUUAUAAAAGUGACGUUUUCGCUGCCGUCACCUUUGUCGAUGUUAAAAGUCCGGCUAGUUUCAACCAUUGUGUCGGCCUUGUGUUGAACAUGUCAAAGAAGUGGCAAAGGAAUCUGCACUCUUUGUUCACAAUGAAAGACCUGAGCAGAUCUCUGUUGACAUCACAGAAGAAGUUAAGGCUUCAUCCGAGCAUUAAAUCUCCCUGAUACUGAUGUUGAUGAAAAUGAGGAUUAUGAUGAAGGCUUUGAAGAUGAAGACUCUGACUGAUUGCUAUGUUUAAUAAAUUGACAUUUAAGUGACCAGGUCUACAUUUAGCUUAAUGCUUUAGGUACUGAGUAUAUAAAAUAACGCACGGUCAACGGGAAAUGUUCGAUCACUGUCAGCAGGUCAUGAUCAUAUCCUCUCAGUUCUACUUCGAAGAAGUUAUAUAAAAGGGAAGUUAAGCAUUAGCAUUGCUUUUUGCAUUCUUCUCUCUGAGUCUCGUUUUGACAUCUCAGCAUUGUUUAUAAAGUAUUAGCCGUCUUUUAAACGCUUUUCCGUAGGUCAGUUUCUUCGUAUGUUAUUAAAGUGAUGUUUCGUUCCUAAAUUCGAGACCGCUAAUGUUAACAGUUGUGCAGUUGAUUUUUGCCAUAUUUUAUCCCGCGAUUUUUCGUACGUUACGCUUGUGUUAACUUUAUCACACUUUUAUUUUGCAACAAACCAUGGUAACCUUAUGUUUAUGAUGCUUUUUCGUACAUUCAUUGUCCGUUUUUCUUCUUUCUGCUUCUCUUUAGGUAAAUUAGGUUUACUUUUGUUUUCCGUCAGUUGUUUCGUUGUUACGUAUAACUAAAUGAGGAUUUACAAUUGAUUUUACAGCGCAUGUUAAUUCAUUUGCAGUAAAAACUUAUUAUUUUAGUGUCUCAGAAUGUUGUAGUUUUCUUUAAUACAGACGUGAUCAUCAUAAUAGCUGUAUGAUAGCUGUACUCUUAAUGAAGAUUGCUUUUUGGGAGCGGUAACGCCUUUUGGAAAACGGUAGAAGUUGCACUCGAUGACUGCUUGCGACUUCUCCGGCUACUAUCAACAAAUACCCGGCAACUUGAAAUCUUAGUGACAACCCUGAAAAAUAUUCUACAGGAAAUGAAGAAUGGAUUGAGCUCGAGACAGCAACAAUUACAAGUGAUUGUGUAGCACAUAAUCACUUGAACAUUUCAUAAGCUCAGUUGCAGGCAAAACAAAUGCACAUACCCCGAAAAAAAGAACAAUACUUUUAUUUUUCUUUAACUCUAAAAGAUACAGAGCUAUUAUUUUAAGCUAUUAUUUUGAAGCGACUCUUGAAUAACAGCUCCUGUGUUCCACAAUCGAUUUUUUGUUAUUAAUUUAUAUUUGAUGACAGUAGUGAUCUAUUCAAAACAGAGAAUGGCCAUCACUCCAUAAAUCUAACUGACGAUGUUUUUCACCUUCAAAGCCUGUUUAAACAUAAGACAGGAAUUUUGUUAAAGGAGUGCACGGGGCUCGACUUUCAGAAAAAAAUCUUGGGGCCAACUGGCCCCCAAGUUUUCAUUUUUGGUCGCCAGAACAAGUAUUCUAGUUGCCAAAAAUUAUAUUUAAGAACUGAUGGAAUACAAUAAACUUAACGUCUUUAACUUGGCCUUAACAGAAAAUGAAUGUUUUAGACUUCCUCUGAACUUUCUUUCCAAUGGUUUUCCCUGAGGCUCAAUUACCAGCUGGUGUUCUGGAAAAUGAACCCACACUCAAGCGUAAAUCUCCUCAAGGUAUUCAAGCUUAAGAUUCAGGAAAUGGAAUACACAUUAAGAAAAACAAACUUUAGGAAUAACAAAAAAACUUAUUUGACUUUUAAAGAACAAAAUCUGCAAAAUUUGUUUUGCGUCCCAUGUAUUUGCAUGUUCAGAAAUGAACAUCAGUGAAACUUCAUCUAUUUCGCGGUUGCCUAACACUUGACCGAAAGUCUCCAGAAAGAGGAAACGUUGCUAAUGUUUUCGGGCAAAGAAGUUGAUUUCGCGAGAAGUCUGUUAGACAAACAGCAUGAGUUCAACGGUACUUCAUUAGAAGUCAAUAAAAUACGGCAGAGCUUUUACUUGGGUCGUCUCGCUCAACAGAAAUUUUCGUAAAGUUAUUUACAAGAAUUGCGAAGCUCGAGAAGUAAGCGCCGUUCGUUCUCAAUUAGCUUCGCUUAGCUUAAGCUUUUAUCAGACUAAUCUGCUAUCAAGUCUGCAAUCGAGUACAUGUUCGACAUUGUUGUGUUAAAUAUCGAUGGCGCUAAAAGUCAUUCCCGGAGAAACACGGGACGAUCUGUUGAGAAUUGCGAUCGAUUUGCCUGAAAGUCGAGAAGUCUUCGUCAAAUUCAUUCAUUUCACAAUCCUCUUUCAAGUAAAUGUAGAGUAGAGUGUUGCAAGAAAUCAUUAACUUGUUUAGACAAAUCGUUAAAACGUUUAGACAAACUGUUAGAGAGUUUGGGCAAAACGUUAGAGCGCUAGGAAAACCGUUAGCUAUCCGUUAGUUGUGUAAAGGAUAACAAAUUAUCAUUAGUGUACGUUUACCCAAAGAAGCAAGUCACCUAUCUUGGGGGCCAGGUUGGCGACCAGGCGUGAAAAUUUAGUCGCCACUGAGUAAAAGCUGGUCGCAUUGGCGACCCCACAGGUCGCAGCAUCAAGCUCUGAUGCGUAUGAUGCUGUUUCCUCAAAAAAUAAAUACUACUGCAAAAGGACCCAAAUGAGCUGGGAUGCGACAGCAAAUUAAACGUGAAACAAAUCGAUGGAUGAAUUUGUCUGUUAUUAAUUUUUCUGCUUAGAGCUUUUAAUUGUAUCCAGAUGAACCCCUUAUGUAAGUUGUACAUCAGGGAAGAAUUAUCAAGCAGAAUCUGCUGUAUUAGACAAGGAUGUGGUUCAAUACAGAGGAGAAGCUGGUCUCAGUCAACAUCCUUUGUGAAUGAAAUGUCUCACAAAUUAGCAUAUCAACAAAUGUAGUAUCCACAAAAUGGUAUCAUUUAGGAAUAAAUGCAAUUUUUUUGCAACAGAGGCCAGGAUUUAUUUAAAAGGUGUAUUGAUAAUGCUUCAUUUUGUGCUAUUUUGGGGUUGGGGAGUUAGGCUGGAUUUUCUUUAACAAGCCAAAAUGUUACAUUUAUUUGCAUAAUGAAAUGUAAACAAUCAGUGUACCAUCAAAUUGAGGUGGAAAAAAAUCAGAAUUCAAACCGAUUGCUGUGAUUUUGUUUCCUUUGUGUAACUAAAUGAUAGAAUAUAAUUCUUAUUUUCAAAACACAAUCUUACUGGCAUCAUUAUAUUGAUUUAAAUUUAUAGUUGAAGUAUGUGUAUUUUAUUUCUCCACAAAGACAUAUCGGUGAAGAAAGCUAAGAUUACCGCAGAAGGUGAUUUUGUCACAGCCUUCAUCAAAGCGCCAUUCAUUCGCAGAAGUAUUCUUAGUUUCAUAAUCAUUAACUUAAUGUGGGGAGAAAGGCAAGAUUUCGCGAUACACAAGCCAGCGAAAGGGUGAAAAACAGUUUCAUGGCAGAAUGGACACGUACUUAACCACUGUAUUCCUGAAACGAUUAAGUUCGAUUUUAGAAUUUUACUAUUGAGAAGAAUUAAGUAUCUAUAGAAUAAUUGUUUAACAAAAAAUUAUCAUACUGACCUUUUCCUCCUGCUCAAAAAAUGUGCGCGAAAUGUUAGGUCAUAGGAACAUUCAGCCGCCAUCUUGUCUUCGAUGUACUGUUUUACGAAAGGAAAGACUGUCCUCUCAAGGGUGAUAGCGAGGCUACAAUAAACUUGCUUUCAUCGUAGAAAUACCUUGAUACCUUAAAGAACAUCUUUGUGGAACGUAGCAUCCAAUACACAUCAUUCAGCUCCAGAAAACAGCCUGCAAGUGCUGGUACUGAACAUAAACAAUUCACAGAAAAUGCUUCUGUGGCACUUCAACAGCCCAUAUUGACGCAUGUGCAUACAAAAUGCCCUCCUGUUCACAGUGACCACUUCUUGUAAGCGACCAUCUCCUGUAUGCAACCACUUUGCAAAUAAUCAUUUUGUUCAAACUCGGUAAUUUUACUGUAUCAAAAAUGUGUCUGUGACUGCAAGCAGUUCUUAAGUGAAGGCGACCAAUUUUUGGGCCAAAAAUUUGUCAUAUUUGCUGCAUGUAGUUUUCUGUUUCCAGUAAGCAACCACUUUGCUUGAUCAUGAAUGAUCAUAUACCUGCCAACACUCAGACAUUAUACAUGAGUAUCAUGCCUGCAGACUAAAGACAUUGAUCUCGCGCAUUAUCUGUUUCAAAGUAUCAAGUACAAAGUUUCUACAGCACACUGUAUGGAGGGGGACAUUGGGAAGUAUCCAAUACCAUAAGAAAAAUUGGCAAAUACCGAAAUGCUGUGUCAAAAAUCAACGAAAUACCGAUACUGCAUUUAUGAUCACUCACGUUUACUAAAGCUGUAUCCAUCUGGCGUGUUUGUUUACCUCUGUAUGCACCAGAAAUCAACCUCAGACAUUGCAAGAAAACGUGAGAAGACCUUGAUCGGUAGAAUGAUAGAAAAGCCCGGUCACUGGACGCCUUUCCAAUUUCAUCAUAGAUUGUGUAAUCAGUAGUGGGGAAGGGACCUGUUACUCCGGUUUUUUGUGGAUUUAAUUAACUUUUUGAGUGGUAUAAAUUAACGCAGAUGACGUCAUGCAUCUCAUUAAGAUGGGAUGAUGUCAUAGUUUAAAUUAAUGCCGAUGACAUCAUUCAUUCCAUUAAGAUAGGAUGAUGUCAUAGUUUAAAUUAAUGCCGGUGACGUCAUGCGUGUCAUAUAGAUAGGAUGAUGUCAUAGUUUAUUUGUAGCUGGCAAGGAGCAAGUGACAUCAGAAUUUCCUAGAGUUGACGUCAUCAAAAAAUGUUGAGAUCAUAAUCUACCAUAUAAACAAAAAACUGAUUUUUAUAUAAUUAGCUAUUUGCUAUAGUCUUCUGAUUAGAUAUUGAUUGCUGUAGUCUUCUGAUUGGAUUUUGUAGAAAUUGUCAUGUGUUCAAAAUAAAAGCAGGCAAAUUUUGAACGUGUCAUCUUUGCAGAUUAUAUACUAAAUGAAAAAAUCUUUAAUCAUUAACUUAUUUUCACUAAAAAUCGGUUAUAAACAAAACCAAGACACAGAGGUACCACUCAAAAAGUUAAUUAAAUCCACAAAAAACCAUUAUAACCGGUCCCUCCCCCACUACUGUAAUCGUUUACCAUUAAGUCUAAAGCCUUAAAAUAUUAACUUUUAUUAACCUGUUUAGUUUACUGUUGUUCCCUUUGCACAUUGUAUUAGGCAGGAGAGCGCAAGUAAAUGGUACCACAAUACAGUGAAGGAUCUAAGUUCUUUUACCGAAAACUGCUAACCAAAAGGAUGAAAAACCGUAUACUUCAGGUCUAGAUGACAGCGCAAUACUGCACAUUAAAAUCAAAAUUACCAAAAUGCCGCUUGAAAAAAAGCUCAAUACUGCAAUACCGUAAACCCCCAUGUCUCCCUCUGAGUAUGAUAAAAUUUGCCUAAUUUCAGCUUAUUAUAAGAUAUUAUAAAAUGAAAUGUAAUUACAUUAAGCAACCGAGUUUGAGCUUUAUUUUGUCAGUCUUUGCAAUCUACAGAUGUCCACCUAAUGACUACUUUGUCAUGCCCCAAGGGUGGUUGCAUGCUCACAAGAGAGUCUAAUGUACUCUUUAAUAUUAAUUAGGUAUAAAGAAUAUUGUCAUUGCUGGAGUGUUUUCUCCAGCUUCUGGAAGACAAGAACUACAAGUUUCUGAGAUCAUCAAAUCCACGUACCCAGAAAUGAGCAUGACCCUCUCUCAUGAGGUGGGACUUAUAGGACUUCUGGAACGUGAGAAUGCAUCUGUUCUAAAUGAGAGUCUAAAGCCCCUUUGUCAGCAGACAGUGGAGGCAUUCUGUGAGGCUUUAAAGACAUUAGGCCUAAGAUGUCCAUUUUAUCUCACACAGAAUGAUGGCACCAUAAUAAGGUAAUUAGUGCCAGAAACAUUAAUUUUUAUUUUCUGUAAUGAGUUUAUAGGACGGAUCUGUUCCUUAUAGUGACUGUGGGUGUGUUUUGUGGGAAAAUCCAAUCUGGUUUUCCAAAUCCAAAGAAGGAUUUUGCAUUUGUUUGAGCAAAUCCAGAAACGGAUCAUGAACCCCUAAAAUCCACACUCUGGGUGGAUUCUUCAGAUCAAAUCCAAAUCCAGAUUUUUGAGAUUCACAAUCUGAGUGUUCUUUUGGGAAAGGAUUUGAAAAAAGUAUUUUUGACAAGCAAUUUUCCAAACAAAAAUGGUACACAACAGAUGCCAUUCAUGUAUGACAUUCUAACUGAACCUAAGUUGGUGGCGCCUGAACUUGGAGCCAUUAGUUACAUAUAUCAUUCCAUGUUUGUUAUCUAUUUAUAUUUGUAUACUGUUUUUAAUCCCUUACUUGUCCUGUUUUUUGAACACAUGUAGUGUCUACUUACACUGGUUUAUUUUCCAAGUAUUUUUAAAAAAGACAAUUCAUCAGUUUCAGUUUUAAAUUCUUAUAAUAAUUAUAAGAAUUAAAAUUAUUAAUUAUUAAUUAGGAGAUUAAAAUUAUUUUAAUCUCCUAAGGUGUAUUCUAUUCGAGAUUUGCGUUUUCAACCCUAAUAUCUACAUUUUGUAUAUUCAUACGUAGCCUUCUUGUAUUUACCGCAAGGAUCAGUUUAAUGUUUUUUUCCCUCCAUUUUUCUCAUCACGAGAAGCACUAGUACAUGCCGUUGUCAUUGUAAAUGAUCCUUUUUUGGAUCUUCCAUUUUUUGGUAGUGAAAAACCCAUAUGAUCUUAGAUCGCAAAUCCAUUUUUGGAUUCUCCCAAUAAAAACGCCCCCCUGCAAGUUAUCAGUAUUUACACCAAUAUAUACAAUAUUUUCAGUUCAAUGGGCAGUUAGCUGUGUGACCAGGAACUGUUAUCAUUUAUCCACAAAUUUGGAUAAAAAUAACACACACACACACACUAAAGAAAUAAGAUAAUAGCUGAAAUUUAAGAAGACUGGAGAGAAAGUAACAGCUAAAAAUGUGGUAAUGUUAUUUUUUUGCAAAUAAAUUUUGGUCCUUACACCUCUUUCUAAUCAGUUUAGCUUAACAUUAAUGAAGUAGGGAAAGAUAUGGUUGAAGCGGACAAACCACAGAAACAUAUUUUUGUUACUUGAAUAAUCUAGUGCUGAACAAACAAGGCAUCUUCCAGUUUUCACAUUUGCCUCUGGUCCAACAAACUCCAUGCGUGGGGCAGCUUUUUUGUCUGGAGUCCAGGAUGCAAUUGUGAUCGAUAUUGGAGGAACAACAACUGAUGUUGGAGUUCUUAAAGGUGGAUUUCCAAGGCAGGCAGCUACACGUGUUAAGGUGAACGUAUUUCACUGUUUCUUAACAGGCAAAUACAUUAAGAUUAGAUACAAACUGCUCCAUAAUAGACACUUACAUGUAUCAGUGUUUCUUGGUGUUCUUGUCACUUUGAUUGACUCUAUAUAUGACAGACUCUUUUCUAAGACGGACAUUUUAAGUGUCAGUCCAGACAUUGUCUGUCUGAGAGAGAGAGAGAGAACUGUGUGUUGUUCAAAAGCUUUCAAAUCUUUGCAUAUGUCACAACCUAUGUUGACUAGUUCAUAGUAUUAUUUAACUGCUCUUGUUAAUCUGAUGAAUGUAAAUCAGCAGUGUGAACACCAACCAGCCUCCCAAUGCCUGUAUGUUUGUGAAGAGUGUUUAAAUCUUUCCAGAUGUUACUGUCUUAGUAGAGUAAUUCACAAUCAGUUAAGUGUAAUAUUUUUGUUUAACUGACGACUGUAGAUUGGCGGCGUGAACACCAACUUCCGAAUGCCUGAUGUGCUGAGUGUUGGACUUGGUGGUGGAUCUAUAGUGCAACAGUCACAUGUUAGUAUACCAUGAUACUGGUCAAUUUCGUUCCUAGUAAAAAGAAUUGGUUCAGGUUUUUUGGCAAAGAAAUUCAUUAUCCAUCUAGUCACAGUCUAGUAAUAGGGGGCCUCAGUUCUAGGUCUGUCUUGACCACUGGCUGGAUUUGUUCUUGUUAACCUUGUGUUCAAACCCUCUGCCAUGCUUGUAAAUAGCCAAUACUAGUCUGCCUCCAGCCAGCUGGGAUUCUAAUCCUACCCUUAUGGGUUAUAAAUACUUCCAGGGGUAAAUAAGGGAAUUGUUAUUUUUAUCAAUUUGGAGGAUGCACAAUAUGUGGACAUUUUGAUGCUAGAAAUGAGACGGAGAUCCAUUGGUCGCCAGUUGUCCACAUUCACUCCUCUUUAAUACAUCUCUAGGCAAGUAUAAACACAGCAAAUGCUUUAAAAGACCUUAACAUAGCUUGAAAUUAAGGGCUGUCCAGUAUGUGUUCUGACUCACCCAAAAAGUUCAAUGGCAAUGAUUUGGUUUUAAAAUUUAGAAUUAACAGUUGGUCCCCUCAAAGGAAAUCAUAACAGUUCUGUUUUUAGGUGACAAGUUAAGGCGACAGACUAAUUAGAGUUUUGUUUUAAUUACCAUAAAAUUCUGAAAAUAAGCCCCUCCAUGUAUAAGCCCCCCAAAACCAGUAACGUAAAAAACCCUCCGUUAAAUCGCCCCUCCAAAUAUAAGCCCCCUGGGGCUUGUACUAGGAAAAUUGCCCUCAAAUACAAAGUAAAACAAAAAAAAAUCGACAAAUUUACUUUAAACUAUAAGGCUAGUCCAAUCGAUUUUGAAACGCAAAUGUCCCUCCGUAGAUAAGCCCCUCCAAAAAUAAGCCCCUCGAAAAGGGCCUUUGAAAAAUAUAAGCCCCGAGGCUUAUUUUCGGAAUUUUACGGUAUUUGGAUAUUUAAGGUAUUAUCAGGAUGACCUAAUUUGUGGCUUUGAUAUAAGUUACAACGUUUUUGUGAUUUAAAAAACUGCCCUAAGUUCCUCGAGUAAUCGCUCCCCCUACAGACAAUAAACACCAAGUUAACUAUUCACACUGUUGCUACAUUAACCCAUACUAUUGCUACAUUAAUCCAUACUGUUACCACAUUGACCCAUACUGUUGCUUCAUCAACCCAUACUGUAUAGGAAGGAGUAACAGUUGGGCCCACCAGUGUUGGCUAUAAGUUGACUUCUGAUGCUCUAGUAUUUGGAGGAAAUACCAUGACAUCUACAGAUGUAGCUGUAGCUUCUGGGUUAUGUGAUGAUGUUGGAGACAAAGAAAAAGUGAAGCAAAUUUCUGAAGGCGUUAGGAUUGGAGCAAUGGAAGAAAUAAAGAGGAAAAUUGAAAGUGCUUUAGAUCGGGUCAAGGUAUUGUGCAAAAUUUCUACCGCAUUAAAUUUAUGAUUUUCAUCCUAUUAUUGUGAUAUUCUCAGAAUAUGCUCCAAAAAGUUGUUUAAAAGAUUGCCACUUGAAUUGAGCCAAAAUGAAAUCUCUCUCAGAUCCUGUAUAUUAGAAUGACUUGGAAUAGAACGGCUUGUGGAAGUUUUUGCUUCCUCUAUCUCUCUGUGCCAGGCUCUCAAGAUGAGCAAGGGAAAAAUGGCGAGAAGAGAGAAUGGAAGAGCUAGUCUGUUCCUUGCCUGCAUGCAGACGAUAACAGUUUACUAAACUCUGAUUAGUACCGUCUGUGAAGCAGCGCAGAGAUCCUUGUUCUGGACCCCCAACGGACUCAACGAAUUACCGGAAGUGCAUUUCGAAUUCCCCUUCAACCUGAUUGGCGAUCACGACAAACAAAACAAAGGCCUUUUUUAACUGGCCAAUCGUGGCGCGUACUCAAAUCUGGGUACACAGCUGGAAGUCCAGAACAAGGAUUUCGGUGCUGUUUCGCAGACAGAGUUAACCAGAGUUUAAUUUCGUCUGCACGCAGGCUAGUCUGUUCCACAUCGGUUCUGUGUGUCAUUGUGUGACGACACAAAGAACAGCUGUGUAGCAGACCAGGAAAGAGCCUGCAAGCAUAAAUAUGAACACCUCACUUCACCUACUACCCUGCCCACUUCCUGAAAACCAUUUCUCAUAUCAAAAUGUUAAAUGUACAAAUGUGUAGGGCUGGGAAAGUUUCACACAUUUUUCAGAUUUGUUUGACUCUGCAUGUGCGAAGCCAAGUGAAUGACAAAAGUGUUGACGUAAACUGCAAAAACUGACUUGGUCAACCACAGGGUGUACCAGGAGCUGGUAUACUGAAAUGAGGUAUUGAAAACAAUGCUUACAAGCUUCACUUUUCCAUCUCUCUCCAACCAAUGAAGUUUUCGCGUCAAGUUUUCUCGAUCUGCUUUCCCUAAAAUCUUGAAGCCUGAAACAGGCUGUAGAAAUGAUAUACCUUGUGGACCAUCCCACGUGGAUGAACCCUCCUGAAGCAUAGGGUUCUGCUUACGUAGCUGUAGCUAGCAAUUGGGUGGUCAUCGCUCAAUACAAUCACGCCACAUUAUAAAAAUAACCUUAAAAUUCACCCGAGGCACUUUAAAAUAUUUUUGCUGAACACUAAAGGGAAACCUUUCUGUUAAACAGAUCAGUGGUGAGGAACAGCCUGUUAUCCUUGUCGGUGGAGGCAGCAUUCUUGUAGAUGUGACUCCUACUGACAGGACCAAGAUUCUGAAAGGAGCCUCAGAUGUGCUGUGUCCUAAGCAUUAUCAGGUACCAUCAUGGUGAAAUGUGAUAUUCUAGGAUACAGGAUUUUGUGGAGCAAAUCCGAACAAGUAUAUAUGUGAAUUAUAAUUUCCCAUGAAUAUAACCCCCGGCUACUUCCAUAGGAAAAUAGAAGAAAAAUAGAACCAAAAGAAAUCCCUAACUGCUUAAUUCCUCUUCAUAAGAGGUUAGCCUCCUCUUGUCUCCGUCUUGUCAAAGCCUUUGAGCCUGGACCUCAGCCCGGACACAAAAGAAAACGUAUGGUGCUGACUUGAUUCAGAAAGUAAAAUAGCUCAUAAGCUAGUCUGAUAUUCCUUUGUAGGUUGCAAAUGCAGUUGGUGCUGCUUUAAGCAAAGUCAGUGGAACGUUUGAUCAGGUCGUUCCAAUGGACAACACAACAGGUGAGAAGGCACGUGAAAACGCCGAGAAUGAGGCACGUAGGAAAGCAGUGGAGGCUGGGGCUGACGAAAAGACCUUGGAAGUGAUUGAUGUGAUGGAGGUUCCUCUGGCAUAUCUCCCUGGAAAUGCCGUGCGUUACUUUUUAAAAGUUGUAGGAGACUUAGCAGAGUCUGAGGCACAAAACCUGGAGCAAUUAACGGAUCAAGGUACAAAGGUCAAGUCAAUUUUGAGACUUUUCUUCUCUAUUUUCUUAAAACAAACGGAAAGGAACCCGAGAAAACCUGAACGGCGAGCGUGAAUGUUCCUCGUACCCCUUCAUGCUGCACAUUGUCUGCUCAAGCUCCUUCGUUAUGGAAUGAAAUAGGUGGUUGGGAACAGUCUAGUGAGUGAAGUGGACAAAUGAAAAUACAAACGAAGGGUGGAUGAAACAAUAACCAAUUGAAAACGUGAAGCACCUAACCAAACAAUUUAAAAACGAAAGAGCGAGCUAUGCACGGUUGUUUUCCUAACACAAAUUUCUCUUUGUUCUGUUUUUGGACCAGAAGGUAAGGGUUUAUUGUUGGCACUCAAUCAAGCUAUUUGUUUUGUUUUGUUUGUUUGUUUGUUGUCCUUAUGUUGGAUUCGAUUCUAGUUUCUUGCCUGUAAAAGUAGAAGUGGUCAUUGGUCUUAUCAACCGUAAAUUUCUUUUCAGGGACGAAACCAAGAGAAAGUGAAUCGGUGGCGCUUUCCGCAUCGAUCCGGCGGCCAGAAUCCCCUGCUGCUCCUAUAGAGCAAAUGAACGUAAAAGAAGAAGAACAUGAGGCCAAUUUGUGUAGAGAUCCUCAUAUAGACCCUGAAACUGGAGACUGGCUUCUAAAUGAGUUUGAUAUUGAGUGCAUCGCUAUUGGUGCAGGAAUCAUGGGAUGUGGGGGAGGAGGGAGCCCCUACCUUGGUAGAUUAAAAGCCUUGGAACUUCUUAAGGCAGGCAAGGAAAUCCGUGUUAUUCACCCUAACAGGUGAGAAUACAGACGUAAUCAUACAACGGUGGACGCGUUUGUCUGUUUGUAGAUGUGGAGAGUAGGCGGAAAUAAACUUAUCUAAAAUACCCACAUCGCUGUCACUGCUCAAAUGUCAUCACCUAUUCCACAUUUGAAUGUAACUUGUUACCAGCCAUACUGUCAUGAACCUUCUUGGUUUGUUUUACGAUCAUAUCCCAUAACUGUACACUCGUUAUGUUUCAGAGCCCCUGAAAAAAUUGAUUUUUCAAACCGUGAUAUCGAGUACGAAGCCUCAGUUUUUUCCUCCGCUGUAAGAAUCAGUUUUGUACUUUUUAUUUUUUUUAGGAGAGUUAACGUUAUAUAUCUUGCAGGUUAGGAUCAAACCCACAACUGACAGGAAAAGUAGGAGUUCCUUGUUUUAUGGGUGCGCCAGUGAUCAUCAUUGAAAGAAUGUUCAGCGGUCGUGAAUGCAUUUCAUCGCUUGAGGCAGCGGCAGCGAUUGCAUUCAAUCAAAACCAGGUCAAGGAGAAGACAGGAGAUGGGAUACAUGAAGCAGAGGACGUCCAAGACCUCAUAAAAACAGAGGUAAAUUUAGUUCUCCAGUAUUCGCUCGACUCUUACAACCGCCAGAACUCAACAUUUUCCUGUCUUGUUACUUCGGCGGAGCGCGAAGUAAAUGAUUCGCGACGCUCAGGAAUGUAUCAAAGUUGCAAUUUUUUGACAAGAUUGGGCAAGCAAAGUCUGUAGGUUUUCGGUUCUCUUCGGCUAUUUGACGAAGUGAGAGCCGAAUUAGUUCUAGAUAUCUCGAGAUCACUUCGAUUUCUUUGAUUUAUUCUUUAACUUUUUCGAGGAAGAAAGAAUUAUUAUUUUGGCUUUCCCGGGGUUUGAACCGACUCACCUGUGUGACCCGUCAGAUCAGAGGAGACUCUAAGUUGAGGGAUUAGCCGAUUGCGCCACUGCGACCCAAGGUAGUUUGGGAUAUCAAAAAUAGUUAUGGAAUGAUGCACUAGUUUCGGGACAAAAUUGGGCGUGCAAGUUCGUGACUUUUCGGCUUGUUUCAACUAUUUCACGAAAUGAGACCGGACUACUUCGUGAUAUCUUGAGAUCACUUCGAGUUUAGUCUUAAAUUACUCGAGGAAUAAAUAGACGAUAUUUUGUGGCCGCGCGGAGACACGAAAUUUCUCUUCGAGUGUUGAAAACAUUUCACGAGUGAGCCCUCCUUUCGAACAGUGUUUUAUGAUGAAUUUAAAGUUACAAAAUGCUGCACAAAGACAUUUUGUCCUUGUUGAGUGUUACGUAGAAAAAUUGCUUUCAUGCGUUGCGUGACUUUCUCGAACGUUCUCUACGUUUUUGGAUUAUUCAUGAAUAAUUAAUUAGGGCAUGUUUACAUUUCAGCAUGAGUCAACAGAUUUGCAUCAGUUACUGAAAUCAUAAAAUAUGUCGAAAAGCUACUACUAUUCGCCUGUUUAGUAUUUUCUAGAACCUUAUGUCAAACGGUAUACAAGUUCCAAGCGAGUUCUUAUGACGAACUAAGUUUUUUCCCACGAGCUGGACUGCUGUGUUUAGUCAAGUGUGACGAGGGUCGAUUUUCAGGUUCUGUGUUCACAAGUUCGCGGAAGCCGUAAGAUAUCUGAAGUUCAAGUGAGAGUUUGUUAUUAUUGGUAGAUGCUGUUUACUUUUACUCAAAGUUCAAGGGAAGUUUGUAUUGGUGGAUGCCGUGUUUUAAAGCUCUGUAAAGGCUAUGUUCCUUUGGUGUUAAACUUCCUUGUGUUAAUCCGACAUCCCUGCGUGCUGAUAGUAAAUGAAUAAUUAUCCUCAAAACAUUCGAACUCGUGACUUUGAGUUUUAGCCAAUUCCAUGCUCAACGUAAUUGACUCCUUACCCAUGCCUUACAUUUCUUUAAUCAGCACAUGAGACUGCUAUGCUGUUUUUGAAGCCUAAUGUGACUAUGAAAAAUAGAGAAUUGUUUUUUUAGAAGGAUUUGUAUGGAGUCAUCAGAGCAUAACUGGGCUAAUAUCUCGGAGACAAUUUGUCCCGAAAUGCUAGUUUUUGGCAAGUAGGCCUCUUGGAUGUUGCUCUUCUCAGAAUAUCCUGACAAAUGCCAUAAUUUCACAAAUUAACACCUUGCUCUUACCAUAUUUGAUUUCUUACUAUUCCUCCGCAUUUGCAAUUAAUUAGUUCCACAACCACGACGCCGAAGUGUACGCUCCGUAGCGUCUUGUUAUUCUAAAACUCUCGCGUGAACGAAAUUCUACAAUGUGCCAUAAUCAACUGAACAAAACACAGGCGGCCCAAGCUCGGUGCAUAAAUUACCGCGAGUUUCGAUACUGUUUUGCAUGUUACGAACGAUUAAAAGACUUUGUAUGAGAAAUUCAAUAUAGUUGUUAAAACGCAGAAACAUAGGCACAAAUAUAGAAAUAAAUUGUAUUUACGUAAACUUACGCGGACGUUUUAUUUACGCUCAUCCAAUUAGAUAAUUCCAAACACCGCUCACGCGCAAUCAGUAGGCUAUCAGAGGGUAGGAAGAUCCAUGUUUUGUCAUGCAACGUUGAUUACUCGGAUCGCCUGAGUCCAUGUUCGCGUUCACUACGAAACACGAAGUCAUCGAGUUUCCUGGGCGCACGUCAGAUUGCCCAGAACCAAAAACUUUCAUAGACAUUUCCCACGAAUAACACAUCGCAAUACCCAUGACGAGGGGAAGAGAUAAGAGACUGACCUGGCCUAAGGAUUCGGCGCUUUCGUCGUGAAUCGGUGCGCGGUUCUUUGAUGCGGGAGAGAUUUGUGAGCUGAGACUGCAGACAGUAACCUGCCUUGCUUCACUUUAUGUAGGAAAACAACACCGAACAAACAACGAGCCGCAAAACCGUAUAAAAUAGCCAUGAACUGAGCCCAGGUUAGAAAGAAAAGCAACAACAGGCCCAAGUUAACGAAAGUAUAAUUUAUUUCUAUAUUUAUGUCUAUAUUUCUGCGUUUUAACAACUAUAUUGAAUUUCUCAUACAAAGUCUUUAGAUCGUUCAUAAUAUGCAAAACAGUAUCGAAACUCGCGGUAAUUUAUGCACCGAGCUUGGGCUCUUUCGGUUGCGCUCUUUACCAUAGACUCUACUCACCAGAUGGUUUGGAAAAAGACAUUUCUAGAGAGUUGACCGUAGGUAAGAGCUCCCGGCUCCGGAGGGCACGUGCUGUACUUAGGAAAAACGGCAUAGCCUAUGAAAAUCGGUCACACCACGGUCGGCUAAAGAAUUAGGUGUCUGGGUAACUAGCGUAGAAAUUCCAUACUGAUGACGUAUCACCACUGGGUGAACUGAACUGAAAAGAAACACUGGGUAGUGUUUCUGUUUGGGCGUGCUGCGAGGAAAGUUUGCUUUAACCAAUCAGAAGCGCUACCCAGAUCUGGGUAGUGACACGUCAUCAGUACUGAAUUUCUGCUCUCGUUUCUCAGACGUCAUUUGGCGGGGGACCAGUGGUAGUAGAGAGUUUUAGAUCCGAGUUUACCGCGAACCUCUAACCGCGGUUUGCCGUUACCCGUUUGCGGUUCAACGUUCAAACAUAAUUCGAUUUAGAUUGGUGGUGGAUUAAAGAAGUGGAUUCCGCUUUAUUUUUCCACUUAGAAAUAGAAGAAAAAUCAGUCAGUGAAAAUAAAAGAAAUUUACGGUAACACUGGGUUAUCUAGCAGCAAAGAGCUGUAAAUUCUUACAUUAGUUCUUCUUGCAAUUUUACGGCCGCCAUCCUGAACCAGCAACCGUGAAUGGCACUUGUUUUCAAGAUCCAAUAGGAUUUAUCAAAUUUAGCAUUUCGCCCGUACUUUGUGCCUUUGUUAAUGGAUAAAGACUUGCUCCACAAGAUUUUUGUAUCAUUACGUGGGAUAAAACAAGAUUUAUACGCUAAAAUCUUUCAGGUAAAUGACAUACGUGAAAACCUAUCUCCCCACGUUGAAAACGCACGUCGUAAACCUCAAACGUGACGCGAAAGACUUGUCACGUGACCUCCAGCGGUUAGAGGUUUGCGGUAAACUCGGAUCUAAAACUCUCUAGUGUCGAAAAUUGUCGGCUCUCAGGCUAAGAAAAGCAGAAUUCAAGAUUUUUACAGCUCCGACUGAGAUAAUCGAAAUGUCGAAACUUUUAAGAUUUAACAGCAUCAAUUUCGCUUUAUAUCCUUUUAGCUUCCAUCCACAAAGAAACUAGUUGCGUUAGUGUGUGCUGAAAUAGGCGGUGCCAACUCCAUUGAACCUUUAACAGUAGGUGCAGAGCUCAAUAUCCCUAUUGUGGACGCGGAUGGCAUGGGCCGAGCCUUUCCUGAGCUACAGAUGUUUUUGCCGUUUGUUUAUGGCUGCCCACCGUACCCUGCGGCCGUUGCUAACGAAACUGGUCAUGUGGCCGCUGUCACGUUUGCUGAUGGUGCUAAGCGAUUGGAGGAUUUCCUCAGAAUGAAAACACUGGAAAUGGGGUAGGUAUUAUAAUCAUGCGAGACCUUGGCCCCUCAAAACAUUUGGACCGGGCUUUUCGAAGCUGGAUUGAUAACGUAGGAUUAGUUAAAAAUCUGAAUUUUGACUGAAAGUGUUAAAAAGCAAAUUGUGUGUAAUUACUUUUUGUCUACAAUUUGAUGAUUGAAUGCGCGAAAAAGAAUUGAAAAAAUCAUCCGUGAAAAUUCUUUUGACAAGAGGUAAACCCCAGGUUAGCGCUAUUCGACCUUUGAAUAACUGGACCCUGGGAGGUUAAGCACUAUAUCGCGGCAACCAUUGGCCUCAGAAUUUUGUUUUACUGAUUGUAACUGAUAUAUCUGAAUCUCAUAUUCUUUAUCGUAGGUGUAUGGCUGGGUUAUCGUUCAUUGUUAACUGGACAGAUAUAAAGGAUAAGUUUGCCCUGUACUCUCUGAGCCGAACCCGGCGCUUAGGCAAUGCAGUAUUACGUGCAAGACACAAUAAAGAGUCCCCUGUAGAGAGCAUUCUACAACAUGAGAAUGGCAAACUUUUGAUCACUGGAAAGGUUUGACAAAUGUUCUUGUUUGUAAUUUCUGUUUCGUCGUCCUCUUGAAACAAGGUUGCGUUGCUUUUACUGCCCAGCUCAUACUAUGGAAAGUAAUGGUAAUAAUAGAUCCCCAUAACUGAAAAAAAUAAUAGUAAGUAACUAUACUUGAAGGUCAAUGACUUGACGGAUCUCAUAAAGAAAUGAAAACAGCCAGAGAGCUGAUAACCAAGCAAAAAAAGCAUGAUAGAUGUCCGGCAUUUCUGAUGGUUGUGACUUAAAACCGUUUACCAGUACUGUAUAUUUUAUGUUGGUUUUAGAUUGCUGACGUGAGCCGUGUUACGGAGGGUGCCUUCAACAAGGGCAGGUUGACAAUUGAAGGUUCUUCACGUUUUAGUGGCGUUAACCUUGAAAUUGAAUUUCAAAAUGAGAACUACGUUGCCUUUACAUCAAACCCUGAUGGCUCUAAGAAUAUCCUGGCUACUGUACCAGACCUCAUUUCUUUAGUAGAAGAAGACACAGGGGAACCAGUCACCACUGAGGAAGUCCGUUAUGGUUUGCGAGUCGCUGCAAUAUUUAUGCCUUGCUUUCCACUAUGGACUAAACCGCAAGGGUUGGCCACCGGCGGACCAGCCGCAUUUGGUUAUCAAGAUGUGACGUACGUUUCUGUGAAUGCCUAUAAAGAAUACCCACCCUUCCCUAGAUAUUGACGGUUUUGUCACUCUUUUGCGAGACCAAAAUGUAGUAGUUCGUUGUUAACCAUCCCACGGUGACAGACUUUGGUCCUUAUAGCAGGUGGUAUUAAAUUGAAUAAUAAACAUCACAGUUUCCGUACUUUCAGGUUGUAAUCAGCUAUUUGUUUUACUUCACAUUAUAUCACACCCAUUAGCUGGUUCUGUAAGUACUAACGAAGUAUGUUAUUCAUCCGAAACAUGUCUAGAAAACUUAAAACAGUCUUAACUCUGCCCGCUUAAAAUUAUAGAUAUCCCAUUUAUGACAU